AUGUCUGAAAGCUUAUGCUAUGCAAUACACGGCUCCUCGCCAUCCCAGAUAUCUGUGGACCUUCCAUGUGGAGUCACAAACUCCACCCAUCCGCACGUUACAUGCUGCGUUAACGGUGAUUACUGCUUGAGUAACUCAUUUUGCGCACACACUCGACCAGACGGAUCCCAAGGCUUUUACAAUGCCGACUGUACCGAUCCGAAAUUAGAAGAUCCUAUCUGUGGAACUCGAUGCGGUGGCCGAGGUCUGUCUGAUUUAGUCUACAAUGAAACAACCGGCUACUGGGCCUGUUGUUGGAAUUCCAUCACCAAGGAAAAUGACUGCAAACACCCCUCUAAUGAGAUAUAUCCUGCGCCCGCUCCUUCCGAGCUCAAAACGAUCCAAUACCUCCCAAAACUUGGAUCAGGCACGCCUACAUAUGCAACUGUGACAGCGACAGCAUCUGAAGCCUCAGGCGAAACAUCGUCAGAGGAGUCAGAGGCUGAUAUUUCAUCAGACGGUAUCAGUGCUGGUGAGGCUGCCGGAAUCGGCGUUGGGGUGGGAAUGGGUAUAAUCCUCAUUGCCGCGUUAGCAUUCGUAUUAUUUUUUCGCAAAAGAGCAACUAAAAUUGAGCGUCGUAUCUCGCCUUUCGACAGCGAUAGCCCAGGGCAGCCAGAGUAUUCUCAACAAGUUUAUGAACUAGAUAAAAACCAAGCGCCAACACCAGAACUUGAUAUUACCCCCUAA